UCUGGAAAAAAAAGUUCUUCCUUAUUUCCAAUCUAAAUCUUCCUUCUUUUAGUUUGAAACCACUUCCCCUUUUCCUAUCACAACAGACCCUGCUAAAGAAUCUGUCCCCUUCUGUUUCCUCCACCCAUCUGUGCCAUAGAAGCUGAGACAAGAUGAUGGCUUUUGGUGUCCUUUGGUGGUCCUUCAAUCUGCCAUCCUUUUCAGGCACUGUGGAGCAUCAGGGUGAAGGUAGGCACAGCCCUCUGUAGUUAGAAACAGUGCCACUUCCCCAUCCCACACCUGCACACCCUGAAAGUGCAUCUCCAACGCUGCUGCUAGGAGAAGUGUAAAAGCUCUGCUGAAAUCAAAAGGAACUAAGAGCCAUAGUAAGAAAUUCUGGGUAGGACCUUUUUUUUUCUUUUUUUGAGAGCUGACGUGUCUUGCAGAGCCCCAGUGUGAUUUAUUUUUAAUGCUGCAUAUUUAGCCCUCCUUUGCCUUUCCUACAGCUCAGCUUGAGCACUGUGCUUCUGCAACCUCAACCUUCCCCUGCCUUGUACGUGUGGUGUUUACCUCAUUUGUUUUCUGCUUCCCACCAUACACACACAGCAUUUGUUCUCUGUUAUAACUCAAAGGCAUGGUAGCUCAAGCAACUUGUUGCAACACACUUGUUGCUAAAGCGCAGCUGUUGCUAGCACAGCUUUCCCCCACUCUUAUCAGGCUCAAGCAAACCUGAUUCAAUGUAUACGGCCUCAGUGGGUAGCUUAGUACAACCUAGAAAGAGUGAUUUACAAGCUGCAGCUUUGCUGCUGUUGAACUAGUGGGAAUUGAGCUAACUUUUUGCCAGUUGCUAAGCUUGAGACCUGGCACUGAUCUCAUCCAAGAGCAUAGUACUCAUUGCGUGGGCAUUGCUUUCUCCGUCACUGUUGGCUUGGUGUCUCAGAAAAAGCUGUUGUGCUUCUUACAUUUGGGUUGCCCGAGUUUGUUUGUCCCUUGCACGGGGCCCAUGCUUUCCCGGUGGUUGUACACACAGAGCUUACCUGCACUGUGCAGGCUUCCUCUUGCCUGGCCUCUUUGCUAGGAGGGGUGCAAGGCAUGUGCAUGGCUGCUUGUGUUGAAACUUGUUAGCUGGAGGGAGGGCUCGGCCACAACAAACAGCUUUUAAUAGGUUCUCCUGCUGUGUUUUCAGCCAAGCCGUUGAUGUGGGCUUGAUUAUUCAGUGAAUGAAUGCAUUUCCAUUUUGAUUAUGCGCUUGGGAAAGCACAUUAAGUUCAUUUAACGAAUCUUCCAGAUCAUCUGUAAGAAUAAACUGCUCUAAACCUUCUGAUUAUUAUGUUAUUGAAGUUCAUUUCCUCAUAGAUGAUUGGCUUCUUUCCUAUCGGCCAGCAUCCUUGUUAGACAACAGAAUUAUCCUUGUGCAUCUGUAAAUAGAUAAUGAUGGCUACUCCUCGUUACUUGGGGCUUAGAAGUGUCAGUCAGGUUGGGGAAGUACCACUGCAAGCAGAACAAAAAUCACCUUGCAGCAUGACUGUAGCCUUGGAAAGCCCUUGGUCCUGGAGGGCUUCUGCUUUGGUCUCACCAAGUGCCUGAGCUGGCUCCUGACCUGGGGCAGGGUAAGUGCUGAACCAGCCCAAAGUAUCUAUUCUGUUCAAGGCGGAGAAGGUGGCACUUAUCCUGUUCUGUGGAUGGGAGAUGUGAAUGAUGAGGAGGCCAAUAACCUGUCUGGUGAGGCCUGGCAGGGCUGCUGGCUUGAACAACCUGUGACGUGCCGUGGGUUUGCUGUGGAGAGGCUAUUUCAAAAGACAUAUUUGCAGGGCUGUGGAAGCGACUCUAUUAGUUGACUCAUCAGCUGCGAGGGAACUGUACUGUGUUUCCAUCAGAUAACAAGGAACUGAAAGCAGCCAUUGCCAGCAGCCCAUGGAAAGCACAGUGUGAGGCGGUGAGCAGGAGAAGGCAGCUCUGGGCUUGUUGCACUGGACAGAAUUGACCCCAUGCCUGCUGGUGGGACACGCGAACAGCAGCUGCUCGAAGGCAGAAGUGAGAGCAGGGGGAAGAUGAGGUGGCCCAGCCCCAGUUCAGGUUUCACCAGCAGCCAUUUGGCCCUGAUGUUAACCCUAGAGUGUGUUCCCUUUCAGAUGACACUUGUGCUGCUGACUCUGCACUUUUGGGUCUCUGCUACUGCUGCACGGUUUGGCCACGGUGCAGGACCAGGUUCUCAGACCCAGGUCUGAGAGCUGGUGCCCACCCUGACCCUCUCCUCCUGUUGUUUCAUUGGCUUUGUUUCUUGGCCCUCCCGAUGCAGCAGGAAGAUAGGAAAAUCGGCUGUUCCAGCACCACCCAGGAUUUCCUGGGACCUGCUGGCACAUGGCUGGGCUGAUGUUUCUUAGAGCUCAUGUAACUAACUUCAGUGGGAGGCAGCCUCAUACACGGAUGGGGGAACUGUCCCUGUUAAGACCAGCCCAGAAGUGAAAAAAAACCCUAUUUUUUACCUAGAUCAGUUUCACUAUGAUAGCCCAUGCCUCGGCAGCGUGCACUGUGGCUGUGGGAAUGCAAGUAGUGGUGCAAGGACCUGCAACAUGGAAGCCCAGGCCAGCAUGGUGAAUGUGAGACUGAGACCAUCUAAUGGGCUGUGCUUCGGUCUGUAAUGCCCUGCCAGGGAGGUGCCAGGGCUUGGAGGGCGCCGUGUGCACCCAGCAGUGAAGUGUGGACACUGGCAGAGGCUGCUGGAGGGAAUUAGGGUGCCAGAAAGCCCACCCAGUGCUAAGCAUCUGCAGCGCUCCUGGCCCUGAGCACUCAUCAGCCCCAAGUCACACUGACAAGGGUCAAGUGUGGUUUAAAGCCCGGGUUGUUGUUGUUUUUUUUUUUUUUAAAUAAAACCAAACACAAGCCUCUUUCAUCUGCCGCUCAGAAUUUCAGCUUUUCUACUUAAGAAGACUGAAACUUCUCCCCACUGAGCCACUUUCUCACGUUGCCAUCUCAUUUCAGCCCCGGGGGCGAGCAGAACAUGAAGCUGGAGUUGCGGGGGCUGGCAGAAGAGCUCAGUGUUCCCGCAGGCUUCUCCCCGAGGUGCCUGCAGAGCGAAGCUCCCCAGCCAGCUGGCUGCCCGCAGCUGGGUAUUUCCCAAAAAGGUGACCUCAGUGCCCCCCCGGCAGCCUCCCCAGUGUGCCUGUGCCGAGGCAUCUUCUCAGCGCUGUGGUUGAGAGGGGACCACAGGCGGACUUGUGUGGGUGGAUAGCACGGAGCUGAGCUCCGCUGGUGGCAGCUUCAGCAGCGCCGCUGUCGGGGCUGGGGCUGCUGACAUCGCUAUAGGCACAUCCUGCCUCCAUCGCCCCCAAAUGUGGCUGCUGGAGUGAAGCUUUCCUGCUGCAUCGAGCAUAAAUUCAUCAGGCAUUCCAUUUCCUAAGGGAAAAAAAAAAAAAAAAAAGCAGAACAAUUUGCUUAGGGAUAAAGCGUAGAGCCAUUUUCCCUCUGGCACAGUGAGUGCAGUUACCUGAGGCAUGGAGGGCUGAGAUAACUCGCUCAUUCAGCUCCCUCUCUCUGUCAUCUUUCUGUCAGAAAAGGCUUUAAAAAGCAAUUCACGUCCCGAAUGCAGAAUCUCCACAUACCGGACCUGUCCUUGUGAUUUCCACACAGCAACUGCGGCAUCACAAGCAGAAUGGUCUCUUAGACAGUGCAGUGCUCAUUAUUUUGAGGGCCAUACCCACCACACAAGCUCCCUGUGUUUGCAGCCCCUUUUCCCAGCGCUGCUGUCGUCUCCUCGUCCUUUAGGAGCAAUGCUUAUUGGCAUCCUAUUUGAAAAGCUCAAUUAACUGCAGCCAUAAGCCUGUGCUUGCCCCCAAAUAUAAUCAUAUUUAGGCUGCGCCCUCUGCUCCCACCCCCUCGGCCAUUAUCUAAUGGGCAGCGGAGUGAUAGCUUUCGGUAAUGCUGUUUGAAUGGCAGCGGUUCAGUUCUGGGCUUAAUUUUUUUAUGGUGGGUUGGCAGGGGGAGAAAGCGCCGGUUUGGAUUGCCUGCAAUCCCUGUUUUGCUUUUGGAGCUUUAGGGGACGGACAUGUUCUUCCAUCUCCGCUAAUCCCCCUCUGAUAUCGAGGAUUUUCCUGCCAUUAAAUGAUAGCUUGUGAGAAAAAAAAAUGCCAGCUUCCCAGAGGCAGAAUGCAGCUAAUGGCAUCCCUGUGAGCAGGAGGGAGAGCACAGCCGCUGCCCGGCCAGCCAGGAGCACACCGUCGGCACAGCUGGAAGGAAGGAAAACCUGCAGGGUUGGCUGAGAAGGUGGAUGGUGGAAGGAAGGCGCCCGGCAGGGAGGUGUGGAGUGCUGGGGACUGUCAGAAACCGCGUGCAAGAGGAUCCUCUUCCUCAGUCUUCUUUGUAAAUAUAGACCUGGCAGUGGGAAAAUGAUGCAGGCAAACAAGAGGGUGAAACCUGUCUCUGCUCUUCCCGUGUGCUUUUAGAUCCCCCAAGUUUGCUUGCCAGACCUGAAAUGCCACUAGUGAAUAAUCAAGGUAAUGUUUGUCGUCAUUUUAAAUGUGAUCCUCUGGGUGCCCCAUGUCUACGCGGUGUGGGCCUGUGUGCGGUCCUGCCCUCCCAACUGUGUGUGCACCCAGGAGCGGAGCUGCUCCGUCCUCUGUGACCGUGCCGGCCUGGGGCAGAUUCCCAGCGAAUUCCCCUGUGAAGCCUCCUCUAUUAACCUGGACAAAAACAGCAUCAAAUUCCUCUCCGAGAGGGCCUUCGGUACUUUGCCUUCCCUCAAAUCACUGUCCCUCAACCACAACAAUAUCUCCUUCAUCACUCCGGGGGCUUUCAAAGGGCUGCCCAGCCUGACAGAGCUGAAGAUGGCCCACAACGAGUACAUCCGCUACCUGCACACACGGACAUUUACUGCUCUCAGGCGGCUGGUCAAGCUGGACCUGGCGGACUGCAACCUGUUCAACAUCCCAGACAGGAUCUUCAUUGAGCUGCACUCUCUGCAGGAGCUCUUCUGCUUCCAGAACAACUUCCGAAGGAUCCCAGGUGCCAUUAGGGGUAUGGAAAAUCUGACCCACGUUUACCUGGAGAGAAACAGGAUCGAAGCAGUAGCCUACAACUCCCUGCAGGGGCUGACCAAGCUGAAAUACCUGAAUCUGCAGGACAACAGGAUAAACGUCAUUCAUGAGCGAGCUUUUCAGGGCUGCCGGAAGAUGGAGUACCUGUACCUGAAUGACAAUUUGAUUAGUGAGCUUCCAGAAAACUCUUUCGAUGGCCUGAGGUGCCUGAAAAUGCUCAACCUGGGGGGGAAUUUCCUCAGGAACGUUUCCAACACGUGGUUCAGGGACCUGGUGGAGCUGGAGGUCCUCUACCUGGACCGCAACAGGAUCAACUACAUUGAGGAGGGGGCUUUUGAGAACCUCACCAGCCUGGUCUCCUUGCACUUGAACAGCAACAACCUGACAACCCUGCCCUUCUCUGUCUUCCAGCCUGUGUACUUCCUGGGACGGCUGUACCUUUUCCGCAACCCCUGGGAGUGUGACUGCCGCAUUGAAUGGCUGAAGGAGUGGAUGGAGAACUACAGGCUCGUCAGGGACAUUCCCUGUGCCUCCCCAUCCUCGGUAGCUGGGAUUGACCUGAUGGACGUGCUCUAUGAUAGAUCACCAGAAGGUUACUGUCUUGACCCUGUGGAGCUAAAUGUCACAUCUGACAGCCCGACCCCAAGUGGUGAGCCUUUCUCUACCACAGAGAGCAAGUUCAACAGCCUUAUUUCUAAACUCUUGCUCCAGAUGGGCCUUCCUGAAGAGGUGGCGAACACCACUGAAGUCUUUGGUAAUGCUACACAACUGGAUGGACUCACUGAUGGGGUUACUUCUGGCACAAGGGAAGACAGCAGCAAAGCUAUCUCCUUCUCUUUCCACCUCCCAGCACUUCUUACAGUGGUUGUUUUCCAGAGCAAGUAGUGCAAGAGCUGCCUGGAGCAUGUAUCCUGCUGGAGGCUACCAUCUGUGGGAUUGUGACUGAACACCUCUAAGUCUCUGUCCCUUCCUAGCCCUAGGCACUGCCUGGGGUUGCUAUGAAAGGUUGCUGCCCCUUUUAAACAGGAGGACGGUACCUGGGGA